AGUAUGGAAGAGGUCGUUCCCCUUUAAUAGGUGCAUUCGGAUCUACUCUCUUGAUUCUACAUGCUGCUACUUGUGUGCUUUUUUUUGUUUCACGAGUGCGGGCAUAUCGUGCGAUCGUAAACCGUGUGGACUCAGCAAGCAAAACUGCGACGUAUCCAGUUCUGCGAGUGCAAUUUGUAACAAAGGAACCUUAAUUUUUUUAAAGUAUGGAGGAAACGUUUGCGCUUUAAGGAGAGGGCAAGAACACCGUGCGACAGUCGUCACCUGGGAGACUUGCUGCUGUUCAAAGCUGGGACUUUUUUUCGCUCGAGAUUAGUGACUGAGUUGAAAUACGGGAAAGGUGGAGGAGUUUAAUAGAUGAGUUUGAACGAGCACUCGAUGCAGGCUUUGUCCUGGAGAAAGCUCUAUCUGAGCAGAGCCAAACUCAAAGCCUCCAGCAGAACGUCCGCUUUAUUGUCGGGUUUCGCUAUGGUAGCCAUGGUGGAGGUGCAACUUGAGACAAAUCGUGAUAUAUAUCCACAAGGUCUCCUGAUAGCCUUUAGUGCCUGCACUACUGUGCUAGUUGCAGUACACCUGUUUGCUCUCAUGAUAAGUACUUGUAUUCUCCCACACAUAGAGGCUGUAAGCAACGUUCACAAUCUCAAUUCUGUUCAUGAGUCGCCUCAUGAGCGUAUGCACAGGCAUAUUGAACUUGCAUGGGCUUUCUCCACAGUCAUUGGCACCUUGCUUUUUCUUGCAGAGGUUGUGCUACUCUGUUGGGUUAAAUUUCUUCCAUUAAAUCAUCCUGUGGUUAAAAACGAACAAAAUAACGCAUCAAUAACAUCUGGACAAGCUGCAGCUAUUACAUCCACAACUAUUAUGGUACCAUUUGGAAUAAUUUUUAUUAUAUUUGCAGUUCACUUCUAUCGAUCACUAGUAAGCCACAAAACAGAGAGAGUUGAAAGAGAACUGGAUGUACUUGCACAACUGCAGGAUCAGCUGGACCGAGGAGAGACGCACACUGCACCCUACUAGUUCUCAUUUUGGAUAAGACUGACUGACUGAUUGUAAACUACGGGGAAAUAACUUUUGUAUAAUACAGUUUACAGCACUCAGUGCAUGGAGUGAUUGAACUGAAGUACAAAAAGAACAAUAACUAUCUAUUAAUACUCAAUGCUUUUGGAUAUUUUGGGACAAUGACCAGUACAGAUAUUUUUGCUCCAGUUUUAAAUUCAAAUUAAAUUGGUGCCAUAAAAUGGCAAAGUGCAUGUAUUUACUUUUGGAUUUGUACAGAAUUUAAUUGGAUUGUUUAAGUUUUCUUCAUUAAAGAGAUUGUGUUCUACACAG